GGUCUAUAUAAAGCUCGUUUCAUAUCAGUUCAUCUUCAUUUCAGGUCUCCUCCUCAACUCAAGAGAUCUGAGCUGAGAGAUGGCUCUUCUUCCUCCUCUGCUUCUGUCCUGCAUCUUGGUGCUGGCUCUCCCAGGGCCGGCGGUGGUGACGGUAGGGGGCGUCACGUUCCACGUAACUAACAAGUGCCCGUUCCCGGUGUGGCCGGCGGUCGCGCCAAACGCCGGCCACCCCGUGCUCGCCGCGGGCGGCUUCUUCCUCCCUCCGGGACAGUCGAAGCGCGUCGGGGCACCGGCCACCUGGAACGGCCGCCUCUGGGGCCGCACCGGCUGCACCUUCGCGGGCACCGACGCCAACGCCGCCAGCUGCCUCACCGGCGACUGCGACGGACGCCUCACCUGCAACGGGUCCGUCGGCGCCCCUCCCGCCACCCUCGUCGAGGUGAACCUGCACGCGGACCAGAGCAAGGGGAGCUCCUACGACGUGAGCGUGGUGGACGGGUACAACCUCCCGGUGGCCGUGUGGACCAGGCCGGCGAACCGCAGCGGCGACUGCUUCAUCGCCGGGUGCGCCAAGAACGUGAACGCGGUGUGCCCGCCGGAGCUGCAGGUCACGACGAGCGGCGGCGCGGGCAAGAAGGCGACGGUGGUGGCGUGCAGGAGCGCGUGCCUGGCCUUCGGCCUGGACGCCUUCUGCUGCCGCGGCGCGUACGGCACCGCGGAGACGUGCCGGGGCAGCGUCUACUCGCGGCUCUUCAGGGACGCCUGCCCGGCCUACUACAGCUACGCCUACGACGUGGCCGCCGCCACGGCGCGCUGCUACGCGCAGGAGUACGUGGUCACCUUCUGCCCGUCCAGAUGGGGAGAUCGUGUGGCCCAGGGUUGAGCAGUGGGCAGCCCAGGACUGUGCUACGUAUGUAUUUAUAUGUACUUUUAGACACCGUAUGUAUUUUAUACAUGAGGUGUGUAAUAUUUUGUGUUGACAUAACACAUGUACUAUUUCCAUGCAAAAAAAUACAUGUACUAUUUAUCCUGCAAAAAAGUAAAUAAUACAUGUACUAUUUUCCCGCAAAAAAAUAAUACAUGUACUAUUUGGCGGGAAAAAUGCAUGUACUAUUUAGAGGCUAA